AUGGCUGAUACCCAAUUUGACAGUGCUCUAGACCUCCUCCGCCGGCUCUCGCCGCGCGACACCGGCCGCAGCCUACAAUCAAUCACCACGCUCGUGCCCGACCUGACCGAAGACCUCCUCUCCUCCAUCGACCAACCGCUCGAAGUGCGAAGAUGCAGCAAAUCCAACCGCGACUACCUGCUCUGCGACUACAACCGCGACGGCGACAGCUACCGGUCCCCCUGGAGCAACGAGUUUGACCCGCCGCUCGAAGACGGCACUGUCCCGAGUGAGCGCGUGCGCAAGCUCGAGGUUGCUGCCAACGAGGCGUUUGAUGUCUACCGUGACUUGUACUAUGAGGGUGGCAUUGGGAGUGUUUAUUUUUGGGAUUUGGACGAUGGGUUUGCCGGGGUUGUGUUGCUGAAGAAGGGAGUCACUCCUGGUGGAAAAAGCUCGGGCGCAUGGGACAGCAUUCACGUCUUUGAAGCCACCGACCGCGCUCGCAUGUCGCACUACCGCCUGACCAGCACUGUUAUUUUGCAUCUGGCCAACCAGACCGAUGCUCUAGGCGAAAUGGAUCUCAGUGGGAAUAUGACUCGACAGAUCGAGACGGAUCUUCCUGUUGAGUCGGAUGCGAGCCAUAUUGCCAAUGUCGGCAGGCUUGUGGAGGAUAUGGAAUUGAAGAUGAGGAAUCUGCUGCAAGAGGUAUAUUUUGGCAAAGCAAAGGACGUCGUUGGCGACCUCCGAAGUCUCGCGUCCCUGUCGGAAACGAACCAGGAUAGAGCCGCCCACAGAGAGAUGAUCAACUCGAUGGGCAAGAGAUAG